AUGCCGACGAUUUCCGUGUACGAAGAAGACAUUAUAGAAAAGUUGGGUGAAAAAAUCGAAGAGGAAAAACUGAAUGAUAUAUGCUUCGAAUUCGGAAUAGAAAUUGAUGAUAUAGAAUACAAAGGUGGGAAAAAAAUUUACAAAAUUGAAGUGCCGGCUAACAGGUACGAUUUGGUAUGUGUGGAGGGGUUAUGUAGAGCGCUGAAAAGUUUUAUAGGGAAAUAUGAAAACAUCAAGUAUGCCCUCUUAACAAAUAGUGAAGAGGCCUGUAUGAAGGAAAAGCACUUCAUGCGAGUGGACGAAUCGGUGGACGAACGCAGAAGUUACGUCGUCUCCGCGGUGUUGAAAAAUGUAAAAAUUAAUGAAAGUGUAUACAAUAACAUUAUAGAAUUGCAGGAAAAGUUACAUCAUAAUUUGGGAAAAAAGAGAGUUUUGCUGGCGAUAGGAAUUCACGAUUAUGACAAGAUAAAUUUUCCUGUGACAUACAAAUUUGAAGAGAAGGAAAAAAUAAAUUUUAUUCCUCUGAAUGAAACGAAAAAUGUGAAUGGAAAUAAUUUUCUAAAAUUUUAUGAAGAAAAUAUAAAUUUAAAAUCUUAUUUAAAAAUUAUCAAGGACUUUGAUAAAUUUCCAGUCAUCGUUGAUGCAGACAAUCAGAUAUUAUCCCUUCCUCCAAUUAUCAAUUGUGAUCAUACGAAAAUUACUUACGACACCAAGAAUUUAUUUAUUGAAUGCACAGCCAUCGAUAAGAACAAAGCGGAAAUAGCUGUUAACAUUAUUUGUUCCAUGUUGUCAGAAUACUGCACACCAAAGUAUGCUAUUCACUCGUUCUUCGUCCAGUAUGAUAGAAAACACAAGGCGGAGAAAGGAAAUGGCUAUUUAUAUCCAGUUUUUAAGAACAAAAGUUUAACGUGCCAUAUAGACUAUGUAAGAAAAUUGUCUGGCAUUUUAGAUCUUUCCGUGAAGGAUGUCGAGCCAUUGUUAAAAAAAAUGAUGAUAUCGUCCAAGGUUAUUGAUAGCAGUACAUUCACUGUGGAUGUGCCCUUUUACAGAUCAGAUAUAAUGCACUGCUGUGAUAUAGUCGAAGAUAUAGCCAUCGCAUACGGGUAUGGAAACAUUGUAUCGGAAAAAAUUGAAAUUGCAAAAAAGAAUUCACUAAGUGCAUACACGGAGUUGUUCAGAAAUGUUCUGUCUGAGUGUACCUACACAGAGGUGAUGACAAAUGCUUUGCUAUCGAAGAGGGAAAACUACGAUUGUAUGUUGAGGAAACCUCGCGACUAUAACGACGACAGGAUAAACUUAGAUGAGUACAACCCCCUGGCUCCCCCAGUUCAAAUCAUGAACUCCAAAACGUCUGAAUACGAAAUUGUUAGAACAUCACUAAUUGUAAAUAUGUUAAAGUUCGUAUCCGCAAAUAAGCACAGGGAACUUCCCUUGCGAUUCUUUGAAAUUGGAGAUGUUUCGUACACGACGUAUAACAAAACGGAUACCAACGCUGUGAAUAAGAGGUACUUAUCCGUUAUCUUUGCCGAUAAGUUCACGGCUGGGCUGGAGGAAGCGCACGGAAUGCUAGAAACUGUUUUGAAGGAAUUCCAGCUUUUCAGUGAUUACAAAAUUGAGGAGAAGAGGAAGGAGAAUGUGGCCAUUCGGUCGGAUGUAUUCUACAAGUUGGUGCCUAAGGAAGAUCCCUCCUUCCUGAACGAGCGUGUAGUUGACAUUGUCUUGUGCCCACACAAUUUGAAGUUUGGAAUUAUGGGCAUAAUUCACCCGAAGGUUUUGGAAAAUUUCUCUAUCGACAUUCCAGUAUCCGUCAUAGAGAUAAACAUAGAAACGAUAAUGGACGUUCUGAUGAUUUGA